AUGGAUAUCAAUGCUGACAAUGUGGUGGACUCAGAAAUAGAGGACCUUACAGAGAAUACCGAUGAUGGAAAACUAGUAUGGGAUGAUUCCCAUCUUGAAGCUUUCAUCAUCUGUAUGGAGGAAGAAGUUUAUGGCGGUAAUCGGAAUAACACAACUUUUACUCCAAAUGGUUGGAAGAAUAUACGGAAAGGCUUGAGUAGGCGUACAGGCAAGAACUAUGAACUGAAACAACUUAAAAGCAAAUUCAACCACCUGAGGGUAGACUACAGAGCCUUUAUGAGUUUGUUAGGAGAAACAGGUGUGGGAUAUAAUGCUGAGACGGGCAUAGUUGUAGUUGAAAAUGAAAGAUGGACUAGAUUGAUCAAGGUGAAUUCCCAAUAUGGUAAGUAUCGAACGAAGCCAUGCAAUCAUUUUGAUAAGCUCACAACCGUAUUUGGAGGCACACACGCUACAGGUGCACAUGGAACUUGGAGAAUCAUAUUUAAGUACGACACCACCAAUCCAGGUGUGGCAACUCGCGGGUAUGGCAUGGAACUUGGAGAAUCAUAUUUAAGAUGGGUCAAAAAUAAAUUGGAUAAUUUUUAA